CCUCCUCCACCUCGACCUCCCCGCCGCCGCCGCCGCCGCCUCCACCUCCUCCAAAAACUCUCCGGCGCUCGCGCGAGCGUUUUCGGCGACCGUGAAGGGGAACCAGGAAGCUCUCUCCGGGCCGCCAUGCAGAGCGCCGCGGCGUUCGGCCUCGUGCGGCCGUGCCCCGCGCCGGCGCGGCGCCCGCUCCUCCUCCCGGCCCGCCCGGGGAUCCGCGUCUCGGCCGCCCCGGCGGCGGCUGCCGCGUCCUCUUCGCGAGGGGGCGCCGUGGCGGCUCGCUCGCUCGGGCGGCGGCUGCUGCCGCCGCCGAUCUCUCCGGAUCGGGAGGGGAGGGCGCGCUACGUGGCGUGCGGCGCGGCUGCCGGGGACGACGCCAAGGCGGCGGCGGAGGAGGAAGGCGGGCUCGUCAAGACGCUGCAGCUCGGCGCGCUGUUCGGGCUCUGGUACCUCUUCAACAUCUACUUCAACAUCUACAACAAGCAGGUCCUCAAGGUUUUCCCAUAUCCAAUAAACAUCACAACAGUUCAAUUUGCUGUUGGUACUACCGUUGCUUUGUUCAUGUGGAUCACUGGUAUCCUUGGGAGACCAAAGAUUUCUGGUGCACAGCUUGUUGCCAUCCUUCCUCUAGCUAUUGUCCACACUAUGGGCAAUCUUUUCACUAACAUGAGCCUGGGGAAGGUUGCUGUGUCAUUCACACAUACCAUCAAGGCUAUGGAACCUUUCUUUUCUGUUCUCCUCUCUGCACUUUUCCUAGGCGAGUUGCCUACAGUUUGGGUUGUACUUUCACUUCUUCCAAUUGUUGGUGGUGUGGCAUUGGCAUCACUUACUGAGGCUUCCUUCAACUGGGCAGGAUUUUGGAGUGCAAUGGCUUCAAAUGUUACCUUCCAGUCGAGGAAUGUGCUGAGCAAGAAACUCAUGGUUAAAAAAGAGGAAUCUCUGGACAACAUUAAUCUUUUCUCAAUCAUCACUGUGAUGUCUUUUUUCCUCUUGGCCCCUGUUGCCUUCCUAACAGAAGGCAUUAAAAUCACUCCUACUGCUUUGCAGUCUGCUGGUUUGAAUGUAAAGCAGGUGCUUACAAGGUCUUUUCUUGCUGCACUUUGUUUCCACGCAUACCAACAGGUGUCCUACAUGAUCCUGGCGAGGGUAUCUCCAGUCACGCACUCCGUGGGCAACUGUGUUAAACGUGUCGUGGUCAUUGUAACAUCGGUUCUGUUCUUCAGGACACCUGUUUCUCCUAUCAACUCCCUUGGCACUGCCAUUGCACUUGCCGGAGUUUUCCUGUACUCGCAGCUGAAGAGACUGAAGCCCAAGCCCAAGACUGCUUAACUGAAGCAUGCAGUUGCCAUCUUAUAAUAGUCUUUCUGGAUGAAUUGUGGUAGCACACCUUUGGAAAAAUUAUAGUGCAUUUAGUUUAGAAGGAAACUGUCUUCACGUUGAUGCGUAGGAUCUGUAUGUGGUGUGGUCUAACUCUUACAGUUAAAAGCAGGGUUUUGAAGUACAUGAGCAGAUUUCCGCGCGUAUUGCUGCUAUAAAGUUUCGUCUCCAAUUAAUGCCA